AUGGCGAAAGCGAAAGCGAAAGCAAAAGCAAAAGCAAAAGCAAAAGCAAAAGCAAAAGCAAAAGCAAAAGCAAAAGCAAAAGCAAAAGCAAAAGCAAAAGCAAAGCAAAAGCAAAAGCAAAAGCAAAAGCAAAAGCAAAAGCAAAAGCAAAAGCAAAAGCAAAAGCAAAAGCAAAAGCAAAAGCAAAAGCCACAUGUGGACGCUUAUUUGAGCGACACAAGAAUUUCCACUAGGAAAACACUUGGCAGAGCUCGUUGCUCUUCAAGAAGAAAUACAAGAUAUGUUGAGCACGCUGGAAGGACAGAAGAAGCAUUGUUAAUCUUUGACAAUAUGCGGUUUUAUAGAAAUGAAAUAUAUAUAUAUCAGAAGCUGGAUGCUUAUUAUGAGCAGGUUCUUGGGGGCCGUGAUUAUGUUAUGGAUGAGGGGAGGUAUGCGGCGUGGAGAGCCUGGAGGGUGAAGUGCCUGGGUGAGGAGAUGGUGAGAAGAUUUAGUAUGAGAAACUCUGGGAUUGGUAAGGGGUCGGGACAAGAAUCGGAAUCGGAAUCGAAGGAGGCGAAGGAUGUGGAUGCCUAA